UGGAUGGUCUAGCAGUGCUGAUCAGGUGGGUCGAAGCCACCAGCGAGCGAGAUCACACUUCCACAGAUUCCGCAGGCGCUCCCUUUGCAACUAUGCAAGGUCUCUAAAUGUGGAUGGCUGGUGUUUUACCUAAGACCCACUGUGAGAGUACAGUGGCAGGGUGUGUUUGUUGUGGACCUGUGGUUUGCGAAGCGUUGUGAUUUAAAUAGGGACGCAAGGGUUGGCCUUACGCUAGUCCCACUUCUGCUUCCAAUCUCCAUCUCUGACAUCUCAACCUCCUUCGUGUUAAUAUGCAAACCUUCAACUCAAACGCUAAUUUAUCAGCAGUCUCGGAUGCCCUGCAGAGCAUUCAGUCGGAUGUAGUCAUGCACGACGUUCCAGCCCUAAACGGUGCCAGGUAUCGUCACCGGCAACUCGUCGAAGAGAAGGUCAAGAUCGUGCAGUCCAACAUUUCCCACGGAGGAUUUUCAUCUGCUAUUUGGCGCCUGCCCACGGAGAUCCUCACGGAAAUCUUCCUUUACUGCAUACCAGAAGACGGAAACUGGACGCCCGCGCCAUAUCUGGCCCCGAUGCUGUUGACAACAGUAUGUCAACGAUGGAGGGAGGUUGCCGUGAAUAUGCCAAGUCUAUGGCGCAGGCUGCGAUUGGAAGCCGGCCACGGCGACUGGCAGCAGAGAGCUUACCGCUAUGACUCCUGCCUCAAGCGAUCACGAGGACGUCAGCUGUCGUUGACGCUUGAGUGUCAUAACAACGACUGGACGGAGCUACGAAGCCUGCUCCAGCCGUACGUCGAUCAAAUAUUGUCGCUGUCUCUUGGGUUUUUCACCGGUGCCGGCUCCUUGGUGGUGGCGGACUUCCGCGGACUUGACGAGCUGGUUAUAUAUACGGAUGGUUCAGAUCCUAUACUAUCUGUCACUCACUCUAUCGCGCAAUUGCCAUCCAGCAUGCGUAGUCUCAAGUUAAUGGACCUGUGGUUUAACCUCAAGUUGCUAUCUGGCUUUAAUCCUCUCGCAUGGGCCAGUCUCACAAAUCUUGAGAUCGUGGUAGACGGAUUAGAUUCCUUCCCCUGCCUGCUCCGCCUAUGUCCGAACCUCUCGUCCUUGACGAUGAUUGGAAUAUUCACUGCGAUCGAGACCUCUGAACCACUCACUCACGCCAAUCUUCAAUCCCUGCGCAUCUCCGGGGAUUUGCAUCUAGACUCGAUCGGAAGUCUUGGGCUAUUUGAUGCUAUCGCGCUCCCCGAUCUACGCGCGCUUGAAGUUCGCAAUAUCGGACAGUGGCCUCAUGAAGAAUUCAAGGCGUUUUUGACACGGUCGCAGUGUCACCUGGGGAGCCUGAUCUUCGGUGGUGGAGUGAUGAUAACGAAUCAACAGCUAGCUGAAUAUGUUACCCUUUUCCCUUCCCUCGAAUUAGUAGCAGACCCUAUGCGUUCCACAUUUUACUUUUAACUUAGAUAGACAGUCGUUACGAUGUACAUA